AUGAAAAAAGUCAGUACAAUAUCUGUGGUAUUUAACAGUCAUUAUAUUCUGGUUUUAGUGUUGUUCAUGUACUUCACAAGUACAUCGGCUGCCCAGACUGCUGACUGUCUGCACUUGAGGGAGCAAUGUAUAAAUGCUGCAAAUGGAUGUGGGAGUGUCUGGAAUAUUGUUGAAGAUGUCUGCAAUAUUUCAGGAUAUUUGGAAACUUCCUCAAGAUCAGGUACUGAACUGAGUUUUAGGCAACACAGAAGCUCCAGAGACCAAAGACACCCAGAAAAACUAGAGAAUGACUGCAGCAUCACAAAACAACGCUGUCGAGAAGACCCUUACUGUUUUCUAGUGUACAAGAGCUUCCAGCAAGCAUGCCAGGUGGACGCAGCAAAAUGUAGACUCCAGAUGGUCAACCAGGAAUGUUUGUCAGCAUGGAAAGAACUGAGGAAAACAGUGCUGGGAGAGUGCAAGUGCUCAGCGCCACUUGAGAUGCGAUGCAUUAAAAUAUGGAAGGGAAUAUUUAACAACCUUUGUUUACAAUACUCUAAAGAGGGCCAAGCUUCAGCAGCUAGUGAAAAUGGUGAUGAUGACGAUGAUAAUGAGGAUGUUGAUGAUGAGAAAAAUCAGGACACUGACACAGACAAUAUUAGUACAGAAACAAAAUUACAAUGGAGUUUAUCUGCCCUCUCCAAACAAGCAUACACAGCAAACAAGACCUGUUUGGAUGUGAACAAGGAGUGUGUUGAAGAUGAAGUAUGUAACAAACAGUUGUCCCUGUACCUUAAGGUUUGCUCAGUAAAUAAGAAGUGCAACAUGGAAGAAUGUCAAGCAGCCAUCAGGUUCUUCUAUCAAAACAUGCCUUUUGAAGUUGCCCAAAUUAUGACAUUUUGUGAUUGUAAUCAGCCUGAUGAAUCCUGUCACAGAGCCAAAGAACUCCUCCAUGGCAAGCCCUGUGCAGUUACUGCAGUUCCACCCCCAUCGUGUCUGAAAACAAUACACAUGUGUGAAGAGAAUGAAUUGUGCAGGAAAAAGUACACAACAUUUCAGUCAAAGUGUUGGAGACAUGUGACAAAAAAAUGCUACGAUGAUAAAGCUUGUCUUGAAACUUUAAUCAAGGGUGACAUGCCCUGUUCUGCAAGUGCUGAUUGCAAAGCAGCCUACAUUAGCAACUGGGGCACGAUGCUGCGCAUGGAGUGCACCUGCCAGAAUUUACCUCCCACAGAGCAUUCUUUGUGCAAGCUCUUCCAUCACAUACUUCACAGCAAAUCCUGCUUCAAUGAGUUAC